AUGAAUGAAAUUAUGACAGCUUCACGACAAACGAAUUUUUAUAAUCAAGAUUUAGUUAGAGCUGCAACAAGUUCAGAUAAUAUUUCUGUACAAUCACAAAACCAACAAGGACAACAAGUUGAUUCCAACACUCAAUCACUCCAGCAAUCACCAUCAAUGCAACAUUCGUCUCAACAGCAAUCACAAUCACAAUCGCAAGUUCAACUACAACCUCAACAACAAUCACAGCAACCACCCCCACCAUCAGAACCUCAACAAUCUCAACAGCAAAUGGGAACAGCACAAGAGAUCCCAUCUACGUUUCAACCAUAUACUAGUUCAUAUCAACAAACUAGAGUUCCAAAGAAUUAUUUAUUAGAAAAUACAAACUAUUAUACUAUACAACCUGGGUUUCCACUUGUACAAACUUCAGAUUAUUAUGGGACUUCUAAUGCAACUACAGAUUAUCAAAAUCCAAUAAAUCAAAUCAUUAGUCCUCCCUUUCAAAUGAGUUCUAUAUCUACUCCAGAUACACAAAAUAUAAACCCGAAAGCAAAAUCUCAAGUUCAAAGUUCUUAUCAACAACAAGUACAAGAACUUUUCAGUACUCCUAAUGCAACUUCAAGUACAUACAUACCAGUGAAACAAUCAAAGACAUUAGGAUCAAAUUCUGAUCAAUCACAACAACUUAUCCCUGAAAAAUUUCAACAACAAUUGACAAGUGAAAACAGUCUCCAACAACAAGUACAAAUACCUUCUCAACAACAACAACAAAAUCAACAACAUCAAAACCAACAGACAAAUGCAUAUAAUAAUCCUGCAUUUUUAUUGUAUUCACAACAAGGAGUUCCAAACUCCGCUCCUGUUUCAACUUCAUCAUCUUCAUCAAUUCUUGGAACAGGUCCAACAAUUAGUUCAAAUCAACCAUCUUCAGUCCAACUGUUUCAAUUCACUUAUGGCACUUCACCGAAUCAGAAUAAUACACAAAUGUAUUCAUUUCAAAGACAACAACACCCACAACAACACUCACAACAACAACAAGUUUUAUCUAUGCCAAUCAGAAACGCACUGAUAUCUUCAGCUCCUGGUGGAUCAAUUGUAAGUACUCCAACUAUGCAGAAUAAAUCUAGAAAUUCAUCACUUUCAAGAACAAGUAUAGAUGCAACUUCAACUGUUUGUGGUAGUAGUGGAGGAAAUCAAUCUCGUGCAACUUCAAUUAGUAGUUGUAUACCACAAAAUGAAUAUCCUGAACGAGUUGUUCGACCAAAAGUUGCAACUACUAGAUGGGAUGAUGAAAAUACAAAUUGUUAUCAAGUAAGAGCAAGAAAUAUUUUAGUUUCAAGAAGAGAAGAUAGUAAUUAUAUUAAUGGUACAAAAUUAUUGAAUGUUAUUGGUAUGACUAGAGGUAAACGUGAUGGAAUAUUAAAAACUGAAAAAGUUAAAAAUGUUGUUAAAGUUGGUUCAAUGAACUUAAAAGGAGUAUGGAUUCCAUUUGAUAGAGCUUAUGAAAUUGCAAGAAAUGAAGGAGUUGAUGGAUUAUUAUAUCCAUUAUUUGUUAGGGACAUCAAAGACUAUUUUUUAACAAAAGGUCAUAAAUUAAAAAGUGAAGAUGACGAACAACAACUGGAACAACUUCAUGAACAACAAGAUAUUGAAGAAGAUGAUGAAAGUACUUCAAUAGCAAGUAGUAAGAAUUCAGAUAGUAAACUAAUGGAAACCAGUAAUGUUAUAAAAAGUAUCGAAGAAGAAACUACUGGAGCUACGGGAGUCGAUACUUCUACUUCUACUUCUGGUGUAAAUAAUUCUAGUAUUGUUGGUGAUGUUAAAUAUGUUCAUGAUUAUUUUCAAAGAUCACCACAAACAAAUACAUUGAAGGAAGAAGAACUUUAUUAUGGAUCAACUCAGAAUACUCCUUUAAGUGUUCCAAAAACUUUAUAA